GGCCCCGGCUUUGCAGCCAUGGCGGCCCCCGCGCGAUGGAACCACGUGUGGCUGGGGACGGAGACCGGCAUCCUCAAGGGGGUGAACCUGCAGAGAAAACAGGCCGCCAACUUCACGGAGUCCGGUCAGCCGCGACGGGAGGAGGAGAUCACAGUCUUGGCUUGGGGGGACGAGGCCGAGACCCAGGUCCUGGUGGGCUGUGCAAAUGGAGACGUGAAGCGGUUCAGCACCGACAAGGGAACGUUCACCGGCGGGAGCCGCUGCCCCGGCGGAGAAGGGGCCUUCCGAGGGCUGGCGCGACACGAUGGUUGCCUGGUCACCUGUGUCGAGUCUGGGAUUAUCCGCGUCUGGCCCGAGGACAGCUCUGAACACCGGGCCGAACUCCAGGUGGGCCCGAGGGUUUGCCGCAUGCGCCAAGACCCCGAGCGACCACACUUGGUGGCCACGGGUGGCAAGGAGAACGCCCUGAAGGUGUGGGACUUGCAGGGCUCCCGGGAACCCGUGUUUCGAGCCAAGAACGUGCGAAACGACUGGCUGGAUCUGCGGGUCCCCAUCUGGGACCGGGACAUCCAGUUCCUCCCGGGGGCCCAGAGGCUCGUGACCUGCACGGGAUACCAUCAGGUGCGGGUGUAUGAUCCCAGCUCCCCCACGCGCCGGCCGGUCCUGGAGGCCUCCUACGGGGAAUAUCCCCUGACGGCACUAACCCUCACUCCCGGGGGCACCUCCGUGGUCGUAGGGAACACGCACGGGCAGCUGGCGGAGAUCGACCUGCGCCAAGGGCGGCUAGUGUGCUGCCUGAAGGGGCUAGCGGGCAGCGUGCGCGGGCUGCAGUGCCACCCCACCCGGCCUCUCCUGGCCUCCUGUGGCCUCGACCGCGUCCUCAGGGUGCACCGCCUCCGGGAGCCCCGCGGCCUGGAGCAUAAGGUGUACCUCAAGUCUCGUCUCAACUGCCUCCUCUUGUCCGGCAGGGACAACUGGGAGGAUGAGCCCUCAGAGCCCGCCCCAGCUCCCCCUGAGGAAACUGAGGCAGACGAGCUGUGGGCCGCGCUGGAGCCCGUGGCCCGGCCCGAGGCGGCGGCUCCGGCCCAACGGAAGCGCAACAGGAAGAGGCCGCGGGCGCCGGACCCCUAAAUCUCCGGGCCUCCCUCUCACCCCUCUCCCUUUUGUAAAUAAAUCGAUUCCGACCUG